GGAGGUUGAGAUGAUUAAGGUGCUGGGAUAAAAGAUGAGGCUAAGUGAGAGCCAGACAAGAUCCUUCCAGGCUCCUGUCACUGUCCACGCGUACCCAGGCAGGCAGGUGUACGUGUUCCCCAGGCGCCGCUCCGAUUCAGAGGAGUCCUCAGAGGAGGAACUCGUUGUUACUGAGCUGCGGCCGAGGGGCAGGGAGCAGCAGCGAUGCAGCACGGCGCGGGACAGAGCCGGGGACGUGGUGUUUCUGGAGCGAGAGGUUACGGAGGACGAUAAUCUCAAUAAGCUAGCCCUGCAGUAUGGUUGUCAAGUUGCAGACAUCAAGCGUGUCAACAACUUCAUCCGGGAGCAGGACUUGUACGCGCUGAAGUCCAUCAAGAUCCCUGUGAAGCCCCAUGGGCUGUUAACGGAGAACAGCAGUGAACUGCGGCCGCUGCCACCCGCCCCCUCCCAGACCGGCUUGACGCUGGUGGACUUACCGGCGCCUGAGGAUGAGGCAAGCAGCUCUGCUGACAGCAGACACCUGAGCGACUACUUCAAGGGGAUUGACAAGAACAUCCAGGAUGCGGUGCAGGCAGAGGUCCAGAUGAACACAGAGUAUGGUGUGGAAACGCUAGAGAGGCCAUUGCCCCAGUCAGGGAAGCAGGAGAGCAGCACUGGUGCAGACUGUGGAAUCCAGUGGUGGAAUGCAGUUUUUAUUAUGCUCCUGAUAGGAAUUGUCCUGCCAGUAUUUUAUAUCAUCUACUUUAAAACACAAGGCCUGGUGGCCCAUACCUCCAAUACAACACUACUCUCAAAUAUUUCAGCAGAUGGAGUGGAAGGGAAAUUACCACAAAGCUCAGUUGUAGAAAAAAAAUCCUGAGGGAGGGAGGCAGGCAGCCAAACCCAGCCUCCUCUGCCUUUACUGAGGCCCCUGUGCUGUGACUGUCUCGAGUAAUUCAGGGGGAUAACACUGCAAAACAUCUUUAUUUUUUUAAGUAGCUGAUGUUGUAAUCUUGAAUUGCCUGACAGUGAGUUGUUGGGAUAUUUAUGGAAAAAUAAGGAUGCUUUGUUGCUUACAAAGCUCAUCAGGCAGCUGGUUUAACAUUAGUCAACUCAGCUGAGGGAGAGUGUUUUGUACCAUUUCACCCACCUUGGUUGCUUCAGGUGUUUCUUAAUGCCUUGGCUGAGAAGCAGGUCUUCUGCUGCCGAGUUGGAGAGUGCAGUAUUCGCGUGACUGGAAAGCUGAGGGCUGUUUGCAGUUCAAGGUACCAGUUUUUGCUUGGAGCAGAAGCAAGGACUCUUGCUGAGCUGUCAUUGCUGCCUUCUGCAGGCCUUGGCAGUUCUGGCAAACCUGGCCCUGAAGUGGUGAUUUCCAGUGCAUUAAGCUAGGUGCACCACGGCACAAGGACACUGCCAGCACCUUGACUUGACUGCCUGCUGCACAGUGGUUGAUGCUGUGUUUAUUAGGGUGCUUCAAGCUCACUACAGGAAGGGUGAGCCCAAGCCUCUUCCCCUUGAUGGAAUCCAUCAGACCUCUCCUGAACUCCAGUGUCUCUGCAGGCAGAGCUCACUGCGGCGUCCCUGCGUUGCCAGGACACUGCUCAGCCAGAGCCAGGACUUCAGAGUCACUGCAGCUGGCCAGGGUGUUGGAGGAGGAGGUGAGUGUAGCGUUAGCUUGUGAUAUGCAGUACACACAUCUUAAAGGCUGCUUUGUUGGAGGUGUGGUGGUGGUGGGUGGCUGUUCUACCCAGUAUGACCUUUUCUAAAAGAUAAUCAUCCAUCAUAGUGCAUCAGUUUCAGUCAUGCACUGGAGUUCCUCCUAUGUAGUCUUCAUGUGAUUGAGCUAAGCUCAUGUAAUUUGCAAGGCCCAGGAAAGCAGCAGCCCUGCCUUCCUUUAGUGACAGAAAGAAGUGUGAUGCCUCUGUAGGCUGGGACAGUGAAGCUGCUGUUAAGUGUUUCUGCUGGCAUUGAUGUUGAAAAGCUUCUGAGCACAUAGGAAAGACCAGUGGACCCUGGGAGGCAGGUGGUGUCCCAAGAUGUCACUGUACCUGCAGUCUGUGUUGGUCCUAGCAAAUGAGGAAACCCCAUGUGCUAGAAGCAAGCAGGAAAUGGGGCCUGGGAGAGCUUUGCUGCAGAGACUAAUUUGUCUCAAACAUUUAAUUAAUCAAGGCCAGGGAGUGGGGACAGAGAGACCCAACUCUCCUAGACUCAAACACUAAGGAGUGCUGAGCAGUUAUGUGACACCUGGCUGGGGAUGGGGUGAUGCAGGAUGUUGGGAGCACCUCACGAGUUCAGGAAGGGUGCCAGCCCUUGGCUUGUCUGCUGCUACUGCACUGGCAGCUGAAGGUGCAGGCAGACCUUGGGCUAGUGGCUAAAGCCCUUGUCUGGCCUCCCUUCCUGCCCCAAGGUCUGCUCUGGCGAGUUGCGUGGGUGUGGUGCUGCAGAGCUCAGCCCUGCAGCCUGCUGAGAACCUUUCAGCAGCAGAUGAGCUGGGCAAGGGCAGCACCUCUGCAAGAACACACACACACUGCUCCCGACCUGCAGCACAGCAAGGAGGGGGCGGUGUAAGGAGCUGGCUUGGUUUCUGCUAGGGCUGGGGUUUUUUCGUUUGUUUUGAGGUGGUGUUUUUUUUAAAGCCUUAGUGGUUGCUGUUGCUCCUAGCUCCCUGAGCAAAGGUGAAGCUGGGUGAGCUCUGUGAUGCAGGCUCAUGUACCAGCUACACUCGUGAGUGGCCUGACACUCUGCAUGAUGGAGAGGGACGGUGGGAGCAAGGCUUCCCAGCGACGUGAGGAACAGUGCACAGAGCAAGGAGAGCGCUGCAGCAUUCCAACAACCUGGAUUCCCUGCAAUCAGCAGAGUGCUGGGGAAAGGCUGAAGGACCCCACUUGUGUGAAUGAAGACUCCAAACCAGCACUUGUCUUUUCUUCUGUGAAGGAAGUGUAUCUCUCUUUGUUCUAGGGGAGGGGGAUUAGCACCUUUUAAAUAAAGCAACAUAAGAGCAGAAGGGACAGCACCCACUGUCUUAUUGUCACU